AUGGAAGGGAACAAGUAUCCUAAAGAAAAUAUAAGAUUAGUUUUAGAAGAUGAUAAAGCUAUUAGUGGUAAUACUUCUGACCCUUUCUUUAUUACUAAUCUUAGCCCAUUUCCCUCAUCUUCUACAGCAGAAAUGCAACAAAGUGAUAGCGGAGUUAUUCCUAUAUACCAAACUAGCAACUUGACAGCUGAGGAGAAUCCCCUUUUAAUGAAUGCAUUAGCAAUUUUGGUUCUUUUACUAAAUAUGUUCACAAUUAAAUAUAAAAGGAAAGUAAUUAACAGAACACCCUUUAAAACUAUUGGAGAUCUAAAAGUAGAAAUUGUAGAAGAUAUUCAAACAUUAAGUUUAACUCCAAAAGAAAACCCAUUAGAAUCAGAUCCACAAUCAACAGAAAACGAAGAUGGAGAAGGUGAUAAUUUCUUCCAAGAAAGUGAUGAUAAUUAUAGUGAAACAGGUGACAUGAGCGUUAUGGAGUAA